AACAUAACCUCGAUUUUGGUGUCGUAUGUCGUGUGUUGUGAAUUCGAACAAACCAAAUCUCUUUACUUUAUACUUUAAAUUAGGCAAAUCUCCCAGUUUUUCACGAUUACCAGUCGAUUCUUUGUUCUAUUAAAUGCAUCCGUAACUAAACGGCAGAAUGGCUGACCUGUUUGAUAUAGAACUCCAUGAUGUGGAAACAGUGGAGCUCUCAUCAGAUUCUGACAAUGAGAUUGAAAUCACAGAGGGACUCAUUAAUGAACACCCUAACCCGAAUGAAGUAAUUGAUUUAACCGAUGGUGAUUUUGAUACUGUUGAAAUCACAGAGGCCACAGUAAAUCCGACUGAGGAACGCAUUUCUCCUAAAGAUUUUGACCUUUUGAAGGUGCUAGGAAAGGGUGGCUAUGGUAAAGUGUUUCAAUGCAGGAAAAGAAGUGGUACUGAUGCGGGCAAGAUUUUCGCCAUGAAAGUACUAAGAAAGGCCUCUAUUGUGAGAAACCAAAAGGAUGUAUCCCAUACAAAAGCCGAAAGGAAUAUUUUGGAAAGUGUCAUGCACCCUUUUAUUGUGCAACUCAAUUACGCUUUCCAAACUGGAGGAAAACUUUAUUUGGUGUUGGAGUAUCUGAAUGGAGGAGAACUUUUCACUCAUUUAGAAAACGAAGGCAUUUUUAUGGAAGAGUGCUCUGCAUUUUAUUUGGCUGAAAUAACCCUCGCUCUUGAGCAUUUACAUAGUUUAGGAAUAAUCUAUAGAGACUUAAAACCUGAGAAUAUCUUACUUGACCACGAAGGUCACGUAAAACUGACUGAUUUUGGAUUGUCAAAGGAGCACAUACAAGACAACACUAGAACCUUAACUUUUUGUGGAACCAUUGAGUACAUGGCUCCAGAAAUCAUUCUACGACAGGGUCAUGGAAAAGCAGCUGAUUGGUGGUCACUAGGGGCCUUAUUAUAUGACAUGACUACAGGGGCGCCGCCGUUCCACGGUGCUAAUAGAAAGGCCACAAUAGAAAUGAUCUUAAGAGGCAAACUCGCAUUUCCGCCUUACAUGACCGCUGAUAUGAAGGAUAUUCUUAGAAGACUAUUAAAAAAGAAACCUCAAGACAGACUUGGCGUGCCACCUGACGAUGCCAAAGCUAUUAAAAAACACCCCUUUUUCAAGCAUAUCAAUUGGGAUGAUGUUUUGAAUAAAAGGAUAGAACCGCCUUAUAAACCCUGUGUAUCCAGUGAAGAUGACGUAUCCCAGUUCGAUCCCAAGUUCACCAGACAAACUCCUGUCGACUCACCAGUAGACUCAUACCUAAGCGAGAGUGUUAAUAUGAUAUUUGAGGGAUUCACAUUUGUGGCUCCAUCAAUAUUGGAAGAAAUCUACAAACCAUCGAUUUCCAAGUCUCGAUCGCCACGUAAACUUGGGUCUUCCUAUCGCCAACACCCGUUGGGUUUUAACAUGCCAAAUUUGCCUUCCAGUUCCCACCUGCACCAUCCAAAUGUGCCUAGUUUUAUAGAUCCCUGUUGUUACGAAGGCGCUUCAGGUAGUUCAGGUCCUACUGACGUGACUGGAUCUAGACUAGGAAGCAGCAAUAUUAGGACCCAAUUCGGAAUUCCAAUAGGAAAGUCUGAGUACCCCCUUAGUAGCCAAAAUUGCACUGAAAUGAUGGAAGUGAGUAGUAGCGGCGGCUUGUCGCAUAUAUAGUAUCAGAUAAAUUAUAGUACAAUAUUUAAUCUAUAGUUUUUAUCUUAAUGCUGAAUCGACGAUCGUCUUCUUCGUUUCUUUUUAGUUAGACCUAAGUUGUUAUAUUGAUAUUUUGUGCACGCUACCAAGUCAUAUUUAUUUUCCUAAAUUAUAGUUUUUGUUUAAAUUGAGUCAUGGUAACAAGGCCUAAUUUUGUUUGAUUACUAGUGAAACCAUCACCAGUGAUUUCCAGUGAAGAAUAAUAAUAAUUAGCCUGUUCUCAAAAUGCAAAAAUGGUUUAGGAUAAAAAUUUACUUUGUGAUUAAAACGAUGGUAGAGAGAAGGAUAUUCUGUCGUCGAUUCAGCAAGACGUUUUCACUGUUACCGAUUAUUUGAGUUAUUUAACUUUAUUUUGUCGAUUAAUUCAACGGUUUUGCGAGAAGUUUUUGUUGUUACCGACUUUUUAUUUAAAUUAAUAGUUCCCUAUUUACUUGUGUUAAUUAAAUUAUAGUGCUUUUUAAAUGACUGUAUUUUAGUAAUAGUUAAGCGAACCGCCAUUGCCUUAUGGUGGCUUGUCAAGAUUCUGAAAAUCAUACCAAGGAUGUCUCAAGAUAAGUACAAAUAUAAAAACAAAUAUAUACUUCUCAAAAUCUACGGAGAUUAUUAAAAUAUAUUAAGCGUGUGUAAUAAUUGUUAUUGAGAAUAGAAUUAUAAAUUCAAGGGAAUUGAAGAUUAUAAUAAUUAUUAAUUAAUAAACAAAUAAGAUUCAUGAAAUAUAAAACAUAAA